UUACCCGUUUAUCCCCAGGCAAGCCCAGCCGGAUUUGGCAUCCGCUGCGCUCGUGUGUCGCGCAUCUGAAACCGUGUCACCGCCAUUGAUACCGGGUGGCGUGGCUCGGGUCCUGCCUGCUUUUUCUUCCCUCGUCGCCCGUUUUCCCCCUCUUCCCUCGCCGUCACCCACAUUUCGCCAACACCCACCCACUUCUCUCCUUUCCCGCUGUCUCCCCGUUCAACAUGGCAAGCAUGAACGAGCCUGCUUCAAACACGGCAUCAUCUGCCACCCACCAAAGCCAAGCUGAAGCCAGAACAACCUCGUCGAUUCCCGAUAUCACCCAACUCUCACUCGAACCCAACCCAGAUAUCUUCACCAUCGUCUGCUGCAACGACAGCUUCCAGCUUGCGAUUGAUCACAGCACCAUCAAGAUCCUGCUCAGAGUAUGCAAACGAGCCCGACCCCUCCUGAGCUCCAAGGUGCCUCGCUUCCACCGUUGGUGCCAGAAUGCAGGACUGUGUCAUCCAGACGGACAGAUAAAGAUCGGCCUCACACCGAGCGACCAGAUUGCCAUCUCGCUGCACUGUGAUGAUCAAGAGACAGCUGAUCGAUCCUGGCUCGUUGCUCAGGCAGAGCAUGGCAAUGCUGCCGCAUCAUAUUUCCUGGCAAGGAUCCUUCAAAUCGAGGUUGAAGGGCAACCCUACAUGGAACGAUCCAAGAGGCAAAGCGUCCUCCAGCAAAUCUUCCGCUUUCUGGAGAAUGCAGCCAAAGGUGGCCAUUCAAGGGCCCAGUACGACCUCGCUGGGUUUUAUCUCAACGGAAUUGAAGUCGACAAAGAUCACACCAAGGCCGCGGAGCUAUACCGUGGUCCUGCAGAUCGUGGAAUUCCUCGGGCUCAGGUCGCUCUUGGCCGAUGCUACGAGAUCGGCGAAGGUGUCGAACAAAGCUACGACACGGCCAUUGAGUGGUAUUCCAAGGCAGCAGAUCAAGCCAACGAAGACGGUCGACUCCAUAUCGUGUUCCUCCGUGGCUGGCUCUCGUUCAUCGGCCAUGGUGUCGAACAGAGCGAUGAAACUGCCUUCAACUACUGGCAUGAAGUCAGCACCCAAUCCACCGACCCAGUCAUCAAGCCCAUUGCCACGCACAUGGUCGGGUGGAUGCACUACCUCGGUCGGGGUACCGUGCGCGACGAGCAGAAAGGUGUCAAGAUCAUCCGAGAUAACCAAUCGGAUGAGUUCAAGCUUGGGGAAGGCGAGUGUCUGGCAGCGGAUUGGAACAUCAAGUCUGACUCACCCGCAGCCUGCAAGUUCUUCGAGCUGUGCCAGCUGGGAUCGGACCGUGACUGGUUGUGCAGUCAUCUCAUGGCUGUGUGUAACGUCCACUACUGGGACGUUGGGGCAAGACGGGGAGGGAGGGGGUACAAGACAAGACAGGACGGGGCAGAACAGGGCGGUGCUAGGCUACUCUAGCGGACGGGUGAGCUCGGGGAGCACUUACGUUUAUUCACGAU